GAGGGUAUUUAAGUAAUUUAACAGCAGAACCCUUGAAAUGGUGGGAUAGGAGGACAUAGGAGAGCUGAAGAAGAAGAAUAGAAGGAGAAAGAUAGAGAAAAUGAUCCUUGCGGUGCUGUUUGCCAACGCUGAGGGCAAUAUCCUCAUCGAACGUUUUCAUGGAGUUCCUGCAGAGGAGCGCCUACACUGGCGUUCUUUCUUAGUCAAGCUUGGAGCUGAUAAUCUUAAGGGUGUCAAAAACGAAGAGCUCCUAGUUGCUUGCCACAAGUCAGUUUAUAUUGUAUACACGGUGCUUGGGGAUGUCAGCAUCUAUGUCGUGGGCAAGGACGAGUACGAUGAACUUGCUUUGUCAGAAGUGAUCUUUGUGUUAACCUCGGCUGUGAAGGAUGUAUGUGGGAAGCCCCCAAGUGAGCGCCUUUUCCUUGACAAGUAUGGAAGAAUAUGCUUGUGUUUAGAUGAAAUUGUAUGGCAGGGAUAUUUGGAAAACACAGAAAAGGAUAGAAUCAAAAGACUGAUAAGGUUAAAGCCUCCAACAGAGUUUUGAAUUAGAGGUCCAGAGUCAAUCAUAGACUCAUAGUUCAAUGUCUGGUCUGAGUCCGGUGUUCGCAGUGUAGCUUGUUGUAAAUGGAUAUGGGCAAGCAACCCAAUAUUGUGCUGGUUAUCUGUGCUUUGCAACGACUGUAUUAAAAUCUUCUCAAUUUUUAGCACUUUUAUGCUGUAGCAUUCUCAAAUUCUGCCUUGUAUAAUUUGCCUAGGUUACCCCUCUUUUAUCCCUUGCAUAUUCUUUGUUAUGGCAAUCAUCUUUCCAUUUUAUGGAAUAAGGAAUUUUCAUGUUU